AUGUCAAGUGGAAGGAAAAGCCAAGGUCGCCAAAAGAUUGAAAUGAAAAAAAUUACCAACGAGAGCAACUUGCAAGUGACUUUCUCGAAGCGCCGUAGUGGGCUCUUCAAAAAAGCCAGUGAGCUUUGCACCCUCUGUGGUGCAGAUGUUGCUCUUGUUGUUUUCUCACCUAGAGAGAAGGUAUUUUCAUUUGGCCACCCCAAUGUUGAUACGGUCAUAGAUCGUUAUCUCUCUCGGGUCCCACCCCAAAACAAUGGUACCAUGCAAUUCAUUGAGGCUCACCGUAGUGCCAGCGUGUGCGAGCUCAAUAUUCAGGUGACUCAGAUCAACCAGCUACUGGACAUCGAGAAGAAACGUGCUGAAGAGCUGAGCAACUUGCACAAGGCGACUGAGACUCAAUUUUGGUGGGCUGGUCCCGUUGAUGGGAUGAAUAGGGCCCAACUUGAAUUAUUCAAGAAGGCUCUGGAUGAGCUUAAGAAACUUGUUGCUCAUCAUGUUGAUAGGCUUGUAAUCCAGGGUGCUCCUACUCAAACCCUUCCGUAUUUUGCUGGAAACAGUUCGUCCUCCAACAUGCCUCUCCAUCAUCAACCAAAUCCUCCACAAGCUCAUAUGUUUCCAGCACAGUUUUAUCAGAACCCAAUGUUGCAACCUCAUUUAUUUGGCUUCAACAACAUGGGGGGAGGAGGUGGAUAUGGACCCUCCAGAUUCUUUUGA